AUGUCUUUGUUAUUGAUUAACUAUUCUGUCCUUUCUUCUGGUCUAGUGAAAAUACUAAAGAAGUAUGACAAGAGAACAGGAGCACUUAUCAGGCAGCCCUUCAUCGAAAAGGUGCUGCAACAGCCAUUCUUUACAACUGAUCUCCUAUACAAACUCGUGAAGGAGUGUGUGGCUAUGCUCGACCACCUCUUCCCCAGCAACAACCUGUCAAUUUCAGCAGAAUGCGACGGACAAAAUGGAGUGCCAAAGCUGGCACAAUCAGGUGGGAGGGUUCCGGAGUUGGAGGAGAUUAAAUAUAUGCAGAGCUUAUAUAUGAAGAGCACCGUAGCAGCGCUGUGGUCCUUGAAACAGAUUAGGAGCAAAAGUUCAACAGUCAAAACAGAUUAGAAAAUCUCGUGUUAUAUUGUUCUACCUUUGUUUUAAUAGUGUUAUCAUUUUGUUGGUUGCUUAUGAAAUUUUGUUGGUUGCUUAUGAAA